AUGUCUUACGAUCGAGUGCUUCCCGCCCCGGUUGCUGUGCGCCAUGAGUCUUCAGGCUCAAAUUUUCUCCACAGCAAUCCAUUCGAACACAAGAUUAUGAAUGAUCUCCCAAUGUCCCAUGGCGCUCUGCCACACCGGCCAGAACCUCAAGCCGGAACCUGCAGGUAUCCCGAAUAUCGUCCCAACGCGGUCCCUCAGAUCCACCAGCAGAUUGCCAUGUAUCACGGCAAGGCUGAACCCUAUACUCCACCGAUCGACAAGCACUCCAUCGUGGACGCUUACCCACGACAACACUCUAUCUCAACGGCUCCUCUUCCUUUAAGAGAGCGCUCCCCUCCUUCCUCGGGUAGCUCUAGUCCAGUCAAAUCGAGCAAGGAAGAGUAUGCCAGCCAGUGGUGUCUCUGUAAGCCGGAUCCGAAAAUUCCCCGGCCUCGCAAUGCUUUUAUCUUAUACCGUCAGCACCACCAAGCAGCUGUCGUUACACACAAUCCUGGUCUUGCUAAUCCAGAAAUCUCAAAAAUCAUCGGCAUGCAAUGGAGAGCGUUGAAAGAGGGAGAAAAGAACGAGUGGAGAGCACUGGCAGAGGAGGAAAAAGCCCGCCAUGCUCAGCAAUAUCCAACUUAUCGAUAUCAGCCAAAACGAGCUGGUCGUGACGGAAAUACUCGCCAUUCAGGCUCUGGAAUCAGCCACAAUCCAUCCGGAGCCUCGACAUGCAACUCUUGCGGCGGUAGAAUCAUGAAUGCACCCACUUCUCCAAUGACUCCGUUCACCCCAACAGGUCGAUCAGCAAGCAUCUCCGGUCCCGUACCAGGGCGACCACCGACGGCAAUCAUGUCAGUAAGAAGCUCACACGGUGGCGAGAAAGAGCUCAAGCCGAUCAAAAUCGAUCAGCUCGACCACCGUGUACGACCUCGGAGAUUUGACGACGCCGGCGAACAAUCCCCAGAUCUCAAGCGCCGCCGUGUCUCUCACGCAUCAAUAAAGUCCGACCUACCGGUCCACCGAAACCGAAGUCCAGACUCUGUAUCCCCCUACCCAAUGUCCCCAUAUCAAUAUAACGCCACAAUUCAACAGCAACAGCAACAAAGACACCCACUCCCAUCAAUCAGCCGACCUUUCAACAACGGUCCCCCAGUUCCCGGCCAACCAGCCGCACCGGAGUCAAGUCUUAAACUCGCACCUUUGAAAACCUCCACGCCGAUAAUGGCCCCGCUCACUCCAUUCUCGCAAGACGCAUCCAACGCCUCCGUCGAGGCAACUGUCAUGACAAUCCCAUACCUGAAUAAGAUCAAAGUCCUGGCCAAAAUAUCCCCACCCUUGCAACCGACUUUCCGCCAGUCCCCCGUCAUGCGUGGGCCCGUCAUCGCCAUCGACGGCCAAGACCCAAUUCUCGUCCAGUGCGCCGUGAACUACCUAGAACACACAUUCAAAAAGGAAGCAAAGCACCACGUCCGCAUCUUCCAAGGCCCAACAAUCAAAGACCCCACAGCGGAAUCUUCCUCCGACCCAACAGUCGAAUACCUCGACACAAUCUCCUCCUGGCACCGCGUCUCAGACGAAGUAAAAGACUUUGUCCGCACGCUCAACGGAAACGGAAGCGGGAAUCCAAAUCCAAAUCCAGCCACCGAACCACUCCACGACGACGGCUCAGCCAGUCCAAAAACCCUCAUUCCCAAAACGGCCUCCAUGCACAUCAAUUCACCCAAUUCAAGCGAGGCUGGCUCCGACCACUCCACCAGCACAAGUACUUCUCUCACAGCGCUGCCGCUGGCCCUCGUGCCGCGGUAUCAACUGACGACGGCGGAUGCAUUCGCGUGCUCGAUUCCGAUCCGAGACUCGUAUACUUCUCUCGAUCAUUGGCAGUGGAUGGCGAGUUUGUGGCGGACUUGUGCGGGGCCCGAUAUCACUGUUUAUAUUCGUGAGUGUAGUCGGGAGGAGCUUGGGCGGUUUGGCAAUAAUGCUGUUGAGAUGCGGUUGCAGGAUGCUAGGACUAUUGUUAUUCGGAAGGUUAUGGGAUCACCUGGCAUGCUUGAGGAGAAGGCGUUGAAGAGGGUGGGUUUUGAGAUUGAGGAUUUUUUGACGCAGUGA